AUGGACCAAAACCUGAGCGCCGAUGCGACCGAAGUCGUCCACUUUCGCAAGAUGGUCAAGCACACGUUUCACGGCAAUGUCGCCAAGCUCGAGACGCAUUUUCACGAGGCCUCGAUGGCCUUUCAGAUCUCCCGCGCGGCGUACAUUGACGUGAGCAAUCGCAUCGAAGGCCGCAUCGAGAGCAUCCACGACUCGAUGCGCCACGAAGCCAAGCUCGAGAAACACUUGGACGAGAAGCAACUUUUCUUUGCCGCAAUCGAAGACGGACGCAUCGUGCUCGGCGACACGCUCCUGCAUGUGGCCGUCCGUCUCGGCCACGUCGAGGUCGUGCUCUUCCUCUUGAGCAUGGGUCUGCGCGAGAAUGUGCCCAACUUUCGAG